CUGUCUCCCUGGCAACGGCGCCCAACAGCGGUGCCGGGAGGUCCUGGAGCUCGGCGGCUCGGCUGCACCUACGUGAGACCUGCCCAACAUACGUCCCAAUUACUGGUGGGACUGUGGGCGUGUCCCGGCCGCCGCUCCUCAGCCCUCGACACCGAAAGGUUUUAUUUUUAAGUAAUCUCCACACCUGACAUGGGGCUCAAACGCACAACUCCGAUAUCAAGAGUGGCAUGCUCUACCCACUGAACCAGCAAGGCACACCCCUCUUUUUAAUUUUUUUUUUUUUAAGGCUGGUUACUAGAAUACUUCUCACUGGCAUCAGGAUUGACCGAAGCUACUUGGAUGAAUUUGGCCAUCUUCUAGGAGACUUGAAUGUUAAAUUUCUAUAUACAAAUAAGCCAGUUCUCUCUUGUUUGGAGCAAUGCUGAAAUUCCAAGAGGCUGCUAAGUGUGCGAAUGGAUCAAUAGCCAUUUCUACUUAUCCAAAGACCUUGAUUGCAAGAAGAUAUGUGCUUCAACAAAAACUUGGUAGUGGAAGUUUUGGAACUGUCUAUCUGGUUUCAGACAAGAAAGCAAAACAAGGAGAGGAAUUAAAGGUACUGAAGGAAAUCUCUGUUGGAGAUCUUAAUCCAAAUGAGACUGUGCAGGCCAAUUUGGAGGCCCAGCUCCUUUCCAAGCUGGACCACCCAGCUAUUGUCAAGUUCCAUGCAAGCUUUGUGGAGCAAGAUAAUUUCUGCAUUAUCACAGAGUACUGUGAGGGCCGGGAUCUGGACUGUAAAAUUCAGGAAUAUAAAGAAGCUGGCAAAAGCUUUCUGGAAGGUCAAAUAAUAGAAUGGUUUAUCCAGCUGUUGCUAGGAGUUGACUACAUGCAUGAAAGGAGGAUACUUCAUCGAGACUUGAAAUCAAAGAAUAUAUUUCUGAAAAACAAUCUGCUUAAAAUUGGGGAUUUUGGAGUUUCUCGACUCCUAAUGGGAUCCUGUGAUCUAGCCACCACUUUAACUGGAACUCCCCAUUACAUGAGUCCGGAGGCUUUGAAACACCAAGGCUACAACACAAAGUCAGACAUCUGGUCUCUGGCAUGCAUUUUAUAUGAGAUGUGCUGCAUGAAUCAUGCAUUCACUGGCUCCAAUUUCUUGUCCAUUGUUUUAAAAAUUGUUGAAGGUGACACACCUUCUCUCCCCAAGAGAUAUCCAAGAGAACUGAAUGCCAUCAUGGAACGCAUGUUGAACAAGAGUCCUUCACUGAGACCUUCUGCAAUGGAAAUUUUAAAAAUCCCUUACAUUGAUGAACAACUACAGCACCUGUUGUGUAGAUACUCAGAAAUGACUCUGAAAGACAAGAAUUUGAAUUGUCAGAAGGAGGCUGCUCAGAUAAUUAAUGCCAUGCAAAAAAAGAUCCACCUGCAGACUCUGCGGGCGCUGUCUGAAGUGCAGAAAAUGACACCAAGAGAAAGGAUGCGGCUGAGGAAGCUCCAGGCAGCUGAUGAGAAAGGCCAGAAGCUGAAGAAGCUUGCAGAAGAAAAGUAUGAAGAAAAUAACAAAAGAAUGCAAGAGUUGAGAUCUCGGAACUCUGAGCAGCUAACUGUUGAUAUACUCCAUGAAUUUGAUGACCUGACUUCAGAGAACCUGCCUGAGUCUCAGCCCAUUCCUUCUUUGGACCUUGACCCACUUGAGUCAAGUAUAGAAGAUCAUGGUAUGACUGACCUUGGAGAUCAUGAGAUCCCAGAAGACCCGCUUGUGGCUGAAGAGUAUUAUGCUGAUGCCUUUGAUUCCUAUUCUGAAGACAGUGAGGAGGAGGAAGAAGAAAUAGUGUUCUCAGCCCCAGGGGAAGAGGUCAAGGAUGAGGGAUCCCGGCCUCCUUACAGAACAUUCCAACAGGACAGUGAUAUUGAAGCACUGGUCGGGUGUUUGGAAAAUGUCCUGGGUUGCACCUCUCUAGUGCUGCCCAGUUCUCAGCAGCGCCACCCGGCACCGGAUGCAGGAGCCUCAGGACAUCUUGUCAUCAUGCACCCAGACUCCGGUGAGUCUGCCCACCUCCAUAAGAGCAGGUCAGCCGUGCAGAAGCUGGGAGCAGAAGUAUUUGAAAAGGUCUACAACUACCUCAAGAGAGCAAGGCACGAGAAGGCCAGUGAAGCUGAGAUCCGGGCAGCUCUAGAAAAAGUGGUGCCUCGUGCCGGUGACUGUUUUGAAGUAGACCAGCUCCUGUACUUUGAGGAACAGUUGCUGAUCACAGUGGGUAAAGGGCCCACACUCCAGAACCCUCACCAACAAUUGUAAAAACAAGCAAGUCCAAGGGGACAAACCCAUUCAACACAUAAGCUGGACUUUAUUAUGGGAAAUGGGUACAAUGCCAGGGCUACCAUCUUUAUUAUCAGUUCCUUGUCAAGAGGAGUGAGUCCUUUAGAGAGUAGUAAACCUAUCUGCCUCUACUCUGAGUCAUGGGCCAGUCAGUGUUUGUUCUAUACUCUGAGGAAAGCUUGUGGACCAAGUGUGGCUUCCUGAAAAGCAUUCCCGCAAGUGUGCCCUUGGUGCUUCCACAGGGUUGGACACCCCCCCCCCCCCCCCGCCCCGCAACAGCUUGGAAGAUUCCAUCUACCCUUGACCAUUUCCACUUGGAGGACAGGCUCGGUGCUUGCCUGCCUCAAGUCCCCGUGCUCUAUGGUCAGCCUGCUCCCCACUUACGUCGCUGAACACUGGCUUCUGACACACUGAGCUGCUGACCAGGAGUCACAAAUGUUUGUCUCAGGUGACCUGUUUUGGGUCCACUUUUGCCCUUGCCUGCUUAACAAGCAAGAUGUGCAUAUAUAGAUAUAUGGACCUGGACUAAAAAUCUAAAAAGCAAUUCUCUUCUGUGAUUGAUUCUCCAAGCUCAUUCUCGGAGUAUUGAAGACUUUUAUUCUUAAUAAAGA